UGAUUUGACUUUUACUCGAAAAAGGAGUUGAUUUUCCUUUUGUUGGUUAAAUUUGGUAGGUAUUCACUUGUUGGUUCUUUAAAAGCGGUUAACUUGAAUAAAAUCAUUGUUCCGAAUAAUUACCUAAUCAGAUAAACAGUUACAUUUUGUGUUUGCUGUAAAACAGACAGGUACUCAAGAUGUCAUCCCGUAAGACAGCUACACGUCGGGGCACCAACAAGAAGCGCGCUCAGCGUGCCACCUCCAAUGUAUUUGCUAUGUUCGAUCAGGCCCAAAUAGCAGAGUUCAAGGAAGCAUUUAAUAUGAUUGAUCAGAACAGAGAUGGUUUUGUUGACAAAGAUGAUCUACAUGAUAUGCUUGCUUCCUUGGGUAAGAACCCAACAGAUGAAUAUUUAGAAGCCAUGAUGAAUGAGGCCCCAGGACCAAUAAAUUUCACAAUGUUCUUGACUUUGUUCGGUGAGAGGUUGCAGGGAACUGACCCAGAAGAUGUCAUCAAAAAUGCUUUUGGAUGCUUUGACGAGGAGAACAAUGGGGUGAUUGCAGAGGACCGCCUUCGUGAGCUUUUGACCACUAUGGGUGACAGGUUCACCGAUGAUGAUGUUGACGAAAUGCUACGUGAGGCACCCAUCCGAGAUGGGAUAUUUGACUAUGUUGAGUUCACACGCAUCCUGAAGCAUGGUGCCAAAGACAAAGAUGAGCAAUAGAUUGAAUAUAUUCCCUUGUAGUACGCAGGAAUAAUAUUAACAAUGUAUUUUAA